ACAGUUACAACCGGCCCUUUGAGGGCAACCAUAAUGCUGAUGUGGCCCUGAGUGAAAAUGAGUUUGACACCCCUGUCCUCUAUAACUGCUGUUGCUGUUCAUGUUGCUAACGUUGCUAGCUCUCCUGCUGACUUCAACAAGGAUCUGUUGCUCAUAAUGUGUCAUUAUCAGACUAGCCGUAAUGCCGAUCUCCAGAUAUUUUUACUGAAUAUUCUGCAGUAAAACUUUUAUUACACUCAGAUGGUUAAAUCCAUGGACUCCCUGGCCAUUUUAUAUCCAAAAUGCUCCCACUGCCAAUUAACAGCACUUUAAUAAGGCUGGAGUGUUGGUUCCCUCUGAAAUGUUUACAAGUCUUCAGGCGAGUGGCACGACUCCCACACAUACACACAAUGUAUUUCAAUGCAGGAAUCAGGACACCAUGGAUAUCACAGCCUCUUUCAUUUGUAUCGUUAUUAAACUGGGAUUUACAUAUUCCCAGUUAUUACAAAAUGGUUAAUCCCAACAUCCCUAAUUGAAAUACAAAAGGAUAUAGUUCAUGUAAUAUAUUUUUGAUAUUUGGCGUUCAUGUAUCGAUGCAAUAUUGCCCCAUAUAACGACAUUUAUCACGGUUAUCUGGUAAUUCAAUAGUCUAUGAAAUAACUUCAUGGUAAAGCCUAUUUAUGUAUACUCCUGUGUGCUUUGAAAAACUUGACAAACAAAAAGUACUCAGUAUUCAGAACUUCAGUGCAAAAUUAACUAAUUAAAUAAAUCUAGGCCUCACCUACAUCUCAUCUAAAUAAAAAUGUGUAACAAAUGUAAUUCAGGUGAUAAAUGCAGCAUUUUACAGGACAGGUAGCUAACAUCAAGGCCCAUAUUAAUGGAUACACUCCAUGGUCCGAAUCAACUUCAUGUAAGUCCUACAUAACCCUGCUGAUUAAGAUAUUGAGUUGGUUAUGAUAACAGAGGUUAGCUGUGGAGAGAAAUUUUGUUCUACUUUUAGACCUGCUUUGUUCACAUUCGGUGUAAAAGCAAUAUACAAGUGAUGGCCAUGUAGUGUGCUAACAUCAACCAUUCAUUUACAUGUCUGUUGUCUGGGUGUGUGCGCUGCUUCUCCAUAGAUUUGAUUUAUCCGUUAACCGUUGUAUGUAGUACAACAGAGGUACUGUUUCUACAUGUGGCCACAAACACUGUUAACACUUUUCUGUAUUCUGUCAUCGGUCCCCACUCUAAAUAUGCUUGUAGUGGGGGCCGAUGUGUGGCAAACUUUACAGAACAUGGUUUUCUGGUCCGUGUCUGACUUUGGUACGAGCUCUCCUUGGUUUGGAGCAUGUUGUGCUCUCUCGAAGCAAAACAGCUGUUCUCUCCAGCUUCGCUGCGCUCUAGCUCCUACAUGCAAAGAACGUAAAGAAUCGACCAAAUUACCUACAUUUUGCUGACAUCACGAUAGAAACGUUAUCGAACAAAAACACAAUAGACAUUUUUAUUUCAUUUGACAGUAUAUCGUCAUAUCGCCCAGCCCUACUGUACAAAACAUCAAUUGAUAUGCUCUCCUCAAAACCACAAGACUUCAUUGCCAGACUCUGCAAUUUUACCUCAUGAAUCAUUGUAAAAAGCACCUCAUUCAAACUCGGAAGGAAUCUCAUCAAAACUGUUGAACAGUGGAAAGACUAACCAAGACAAUCAUCAAGUCUACAGAAGCUUGGCAUUAGUAGUUUUAAUGAUGUAUUAUGAGCUGCUUCGAGCUAGUGUGAGGAAGUUAAACGGGUCGUAAUUCCCUCUCUAUCUGUUUCAUAUUGCUGUGAAUAUGCAGUGUUUCCCAUUAUUACCUAGACUCUUGAGGACCACCAAGUCUAUUCUGUCCUGCCACAGUUUCAUAAUGAACGGAAAAUAGUUCUACACUCAAUGGGUAGGCUGGUUUGGCUCUCCGCAUGCGCGUUUCCUCCACAGUGGACAGUGACCGGCUCCAGUUGGGCUCUGAAAAUGAAAGUGGCUCGUGUCAGCGUUACAGCUCUCUGUCUGCGGGGAGCGACGGGAGUUCCGUUUUCCUGGCGUGACUGUCCUCGGUACAGUCUUAAAAUAUGGAGCCCAUCUCAUUUACAGUGCUUCGUGAGUGUAACUUCUUUGCUGUGUCAUCAUCAUUCAUAUUUAUGCAACCUAUACACAACCAAUGUGUUUAUGAUUAAGUUAUUUACUAGAACUCAGAAUAAAGUAAAAGUACUUCUACUUAAGCUACAUUCAAAAUGUAGCUUAAGUAGAAGUACAAACUUAUUGGCAUUCAAUUUUUUUACUAAAAGUAUACUCAUUAUGUAGAUGCCCAUAUCCAAUAAUAUAUUUAUGGUAGGCCUAGAUCACUGAUGUACUAAUAUGAUAAUCACUUUUAAUGUCGCAACUGGUAAAGGUGGAGCUCAUUCAAUUUUAUUUUAGAAAGCAUUAAUGCCGAUUUGUCAAUCGCACAUUUUUUACUGAUUGACAGCUGAUAAUGUUGAGGACCGCGAAUAGAUCACAUUUCAUUUUCACCUCCCCGAUCAAACAACUGCAUGAGGCAUUACACCUGCCCGAGCACAGAGUUUACUUGCCCCAGGCAAGCGUUAAUGUUGAGUAAAGUCUGCAUCACAGCUUUCAUUUGUUCAUUAUUUCAUAUAGUGUCAGUGUUUUGUAUAUCUGUGGAGAGUAGGGCUUUCCUCAAUCAAAGAAAUUCUUUGACUCUCUAACAACACUCACUUGAUUUUAUUGACAGACUUUAAAAAUUUGUGGAGUUUCUCCUCAAAUAAUCAUGCAAAGGCACCACUUUAAAUCUUCUGAUUACUAAAGAUGGGCUCAUUUGUUUCUCAGAAAUAAGUAAUUCAACAUGAAAAGAGCCUAAAGAACAAGUAAUGGACUAGAGAUCUUAGUUGGUAGCCCUUGUGGAUAGAAACCAAGAGACUUCCAUAUACUUUAUCUGCUCUCCUGAUAGCCAAUAUUUUACUCUUUUUGAGCAGAAACACUCCCUCCUUCCCGCUCUAUUGGUCCUUAGCUUUAAAUGUGGUUUGAGGAUGUGUAUUAACAUACUUUUACAUGGCUCCAUCUUUCUCAUUACAGCAGGCCAAUGAGGCUCUGCAUCACCAGCACCAAGUAGCCGGGAACAGCCUCUUGCCCUUGCUCAGUUCUGGAACGGAACCACCUGAUCAGAAACCAGUGCUGCCCAUUCCCUUGGACCAGAAACCCCCCGUCAGUGCUGCAGAACUUCUUAAAGACAAUGUGGCUAGUGGGACUGGGGGAGGAGGUGGUGGGGGACCUCUAGUUGCUGUGGUCAAAAAGGAGCCUAAAUCAAAGACACCCUUCAUCUGUGGCUACUGCAACAAGGCUUUCCGGGACAGCUACCACCUCCGGCGGCACGAGUCUUGCCACACUGGGAUUAAGAUGGUUUCGCGGCCUAAGAAGACACAAACAGCCCCCACCAUGGUGCCGCUCAUAUCCACUGUACCACGUGAGAACAGUGGAAACCCUUCAUACAUUACUACUAUAGCUGGUAUCCUGACUACAGCUACCACAUCCACAUCCACAGGCACCAGCAUCAUGACCCCAAUGCAACACCAACAGCAGCAGAGCAUCCCUAAGAAACCCCCCAAACCAGUGAAAAAGAAUCACGGUUGCGACAUUUGUGGUAAGGCCUUCAGAGAUGUUUACCACCUCAACCGCCACAAGCUGUCGCACUCUGAUGAGAAGCCGUUUGAGUGUCCCAUCUGCCAGCAGAGGUUUAAGAGGAAGGAUCGCAUGACAUACCAUGUCCGUUCCCAUGAUGGUGGAGUUCACAAGCCUUACAUCUGCUCUGUCUGUGGGAAGGGCUUCUCCAGACCGGAUCACCUAAGCUGUCAUGUCAAGCAUGUCCAUUCCUCAGAGAGGCCAUUUAAGUGCCAAGUAACGGCCUGUACCUCCGCCUUCGCUACCAAAGAUCGUCUGCGCUCCCACAUGAUCAGGCAUGAAGGCAAAGUGACCUGCAACAUCUGUGGUAAAAUGCUAAGCGCUGCCUACAUCACAAGUCACCUCAAGACGCACGGCCAGGCCAGCUUCAGCAACCCAUGUAACAAUAAAGGCAUAAGUGACUGGCAGUGGAACCACUCAGGGCCACGAAAAGGUGAGUUGACGGUAGGAGAGAUUUUAAAUAACUCCUUCCAAGUCCUAAUUGACAACUCUCACAAAGAUGGCAACACUGUGCAUAACAUCUCGGCCACUACGACGCCGGUCACCAACGCGGCAGCAAUAACCUCGGCCCUGAAUCGCGGUGGCAUUGCCAGCAAUCCCGUCACCAUCGCUGCUCAGAUGAACAUCGGCACCAGUACGGUCAACAUCACGUCACAGGUCAACCUGCAGCACCCCAUCACCAUCACUGGCCCUGUGAACCUGGCCUCCGUCAACAUCCCCACAACGGCACACAUGAAUAUCGUCCACCCGGUCGCCAUCACCACUCCCAUGGCCAUGAAUAUCACCGGGCCACUCAACAUUACCAUGAGGUCCAUGGAGAGCAUGCCUUUUCUAUCCCAAGUUCUGCCUUCCUCCCCUCCUUGGUAGAGCUUCUCGUAGUCUAUGUAAGAGCCGAUAAUGUUUUAACUGCCUAAUAAUGGAUGAGCCUGUCACAUCUUAGUAAAACUGCCCUUUUGAUGGGUUGAUAGUGUUAAACUUGAAAAGGUAAUAACUGAUGUAAUUAAACCACGUAGAUAGUAACCAAUGAUUGUUACUUGCAGGAGUGAUUACUGCAUAAUUUGUGAAUUUUGAAUUUUGUUUGUAUUUAUAGGAGAAAACAUAUUUCAAGUAUCCAUAAUCAUGAUAGAAAAAUAAUAGUUUUGAGUGCUUACAGUCAUUCAUUGCAGAGUAUUAGACAACAUGGUAAAGUGAGAUACGAUAAUGGUCACUUUUAGGGAUGGGCAACAUGGAUACACCUGUCUAUCAUAGUACGAGUUUGAUCUUAUUUUGUUUUAGAUAUUGUAAUAUAGGACAUUUCUAGAAAUGUAAUAGAGAAAGGUUUCAUUGAUACCAGAUGGGACUUUCUGUUCUUAGCUAACCCAGUGAAUUUAUUUCUUGACAAAUCAAGGUACUUCAUCACAUUGAUGCAAAACUUCUGUAAAUCAAAAUAUUACCUUUAAGCAGUCCUGCUCAUAGAUAUGCGACAUUGCCCACACUGGCCUAAUAUACCAAAAUGGAGGGAUACCUCAGUGUAAACGGUAACAUUUCUAACAAAUAUCAAGUUAUUGUCGUCUCAAAUAUAUCAUAUGGCUCAGCCCGAGUCCACGGUGUUACUCACUGCCGUAGUUUGUUGUGUUGGUCAAGUCUUUCUCAUUCCUACUAGUUGGGUUUCUGAGGGCCAUGUCAUUCUCAAAUAUGAACAGAUAAACUGGUUUGACAAAAAAUGUUAUAACUUCAUUCAUUUUUCUCUGUUAUCAACCACAUUUCAGUGUUCAUCAGGUCUAGAGCUGUCAAUGCGUGAUCCAAGAAUGGAACUCCAGUUGUGUGAUAACAGGAGAUCCUAUGGGGGGAGGAGAAUUAACACCACUUCGCACAUGCGAGUGGCCUCCAAUCUCCACCAGCUGACAAAGACCAUGAAAUAUAGUUGAAAGCGCUGAAAAAUAGCCAGCAAAUGGUCCUGAGGUCCAGAUUACUUCUUCAAGGUGAAGCGUCUUCAGGCUCAGAUAAACGUCAUUUUGUGCAGAUAUUCCGUGUACAUAAUAUUUUAUGCCAAAGAUUUUCUAAGUAUCGUGUUUUCCCCUAAAUGUUAUAUUUUAAAAGAUAAGGGGAAAACCUUUAAACGGCAUUUGGACCAUCAUAGGACACUUCAAUUCUCCUCUUGGAAACCCAGAGUAAUGAAAUUGGCGCCUCAGGUGGGGCUGUCUUCCCCCUGUCUGCCUGACUCAUGUUCUAUCAGAAGCCAACAAUACCCAUUAUCAUUGCAAUAAUAAUUCUCCUAUUUUUAACAUGUGAUAAUGUGUAUAUUAAUGUUAAAUUGUUGGCAUUACUAGUAGUACACAGGAACAAGUUUCAUUAUACUCUUUAACCAAAAGAGUAUUUGCUUCCACUUUGGUGUAAAAUUAUUUGGCAGUUAUUACAACACCAGCUGCUGCAUUGUCGCCCGUGUUUUGUUUUUUAAUCCUUUGCGCCCCCCCCCCCCCUUCACACCAGGGUAGUUUGCUGUAUGGUGACAGAUAGCUGAGGGUGAGCCAGCUCGUUGCAGCAGUGUUGGCCUUAAACACAUAAUAUGCCUUGGAGAGGCAGCUUUCAGAGCCCUGCUCCACAAUUCUUUCAGCUCGAUUCAGCUGCUGAAGGACGAGCCUCUUAAAAGCGGCCACUUAACGAUUUCUUCAACUGGGCAUCCGACUUCAAAUCUGGGUGAAAUGUGAGGCCUUACUCGACCUUUAGGCUUUGGUAAACAGCUCCUUGAGUUAAAGUGUAUUGCCAUGUUCUUACAUGCUUCCUCUUAAGGCAUAUUUUGUAAGGUUUUUUUCUGUUAUUUUAGUAGACUUAUCAGUAUUUGAUAGUUUAUGUAUUUUAAAGUUUCAUUGCAAAAUACAAAGCUUCCAUUUGGAGAGAGAGUGAGUUUAGCCUCUGUUUACCCCCCCCCCCCCAUGUCUGUGUUUUAAACUUGCAGUCAGUCGACACUGCUGGAUACUCUACACAAGUCUAUCUGUCACAGCUGUUUGAGAAUGUUUGAAUGUAUUUAUACCAUGCCAGUUGGUACAGCUAAGAGGAAACAUCUCGUACUGAAAGCAUGUCCCUUAAAAUGGCAGUAUUAUCAAAGGUCAAAUAAUCAGAAAUGUUGAUGACUGAAGACAUUUGAACUCUCGAGGUCCCAGUGGUAUGUUUACUUUAGCAGGUAUAGGAUCCCCGUCACUGUCACGCAGACUCAGGAAGGUUACUGAGAAUAGUCUUUUAAACCAUGUUCAGCUUUUCACACACUGGUCAUUUCUUUGUAAAUAUGAAACACUUAUUUUAUUGCCUGUUACCUGUGUGAGAGGGAGCAUCUCUACUUACCAUAGGCUAGCAAUGCAAGAACUAUAUCACCACUGAAGUGGCCAUCCAAGGAGAGGGAACCCAUCAGAGACUAAUUAACGGAUAAGGCUUGUGUUGCUUUAAGUUGUCAACAAAUCCCAUAAAAAGGCCAAAAAGCUACUAAUAUUACUAACUAAUAUCUGUGUAGCUACGGUUUGACACAGCUUAUGCCUCCAAUACCAUAGAAUUCUAUUGUUAUCCAACAACAACUGAAAACGCAUUGAGGAGCCAUACCAUCUUCAUUGACGUGACCACUGAGUGCAGUUGAUUCCUGUCCUCUGCCCCACACGGUGCGCCUCCUCUGAGACUAAACCUGAAGCCACGGGGUUCUUUGAGGAUCAGCGGUGCUCUGUUCUCAUUGAAGGAACAUGUCAGUCAGCGCAGCGGCAGGCCUCUUGUUUAUAUUUUUAUUAGCUUUUGGAAAACAGAUUAGUGGCACAGUGUUGGCAAUAUCCGAUUAUGUCCCAGGGUUCCCUGGUGGAGUGAGUCUUGAGGAACACAAGUGAAUUAGUUAGUAGAUGUGAAGCCUGUUUGUAGUUAAGGGACUUUUUCAGUGCAGGAACUCUGAACACUGGCAGCAGACUGUAGGCUGUGCACACUACAGAAGAGUGGUACUUUAGAGGGGCAUUUCACUUUGGUGGAAUGAGUCAAUGAUCAUAGUUCACCUGGCCACAUCUGCACAUUGGCUGCCCAGAUGUUUGGCCCCUUAGUUUCAUUGUGUGCAUGCCACACAGUCCACCAAGGGAGAUGUUCUCAUGUGUAAUGGCAUUGUGAUCUUGAAAUUUGAUUCAUUUCCCAUCUGUACUUUUUAUUUUUAGUCAAUGUUGCGUGUGGAUGACUGAGCUUGUCCAGUGUAGGUUUGAGUUCAACAACCAUUAUUAGGCUAGUGACUUUUUAUGAAAACAAAACACUAAAAAAAAUUAGGAUGAAAGGAGGUGUGUGAUGUCAUUUGUCCUUCUCCAGUUGCCGUAAAAAGUGUGCCUGAAAUAUUUUUGCAAGACUUUUCAACACGUUGACGCUUCCUCCUGUAGAUGUGCUGUGUGAUGGAACAGUGUGUGAGGGAAGCCUUCAGAGGGCCCAAACUAUGUUGUGAUGAGUUCAUUCUUUCUAAACCUGCGGAGAGAAGUUCUGCUACUUCAGGAACAACUUUUUAUUUGGGCCAAGGUCGUGUAGAUGUAUCAAUGACAUUUAACUAUUUAGUUUCAUUUUUGUUUUUGUUUUUUUUUUACUCCAACCGUAUGUGAAAAACAUUAUUUGGCCAAAUAAUGAUUUGGAAGAUUCUUUUUAUUUUUCUGUGAAGUUUGUAUGAUGAAUUUGGCAGAUGUGAAGGCAAAUGAAUGUAUAUCUUUGUACAAAGCAUUUAGUUCAGAGGACAUGUUAGUUAUGACAGACACAUGCAAGACAAAAUAACCUUUUAUAAAUCUUUUUGUAUUAGAACAUUAACAAUGGUAAGUUUUGUAUAUACGAAGGCUAGGCUUUCUGAUUAGCAGAAAGGUAAAACAUUCCUACAUUUUUUUUAAAUGUAUGUCCAUUGAGAAUAAUUAUGUAAAGAUAUGCGCAAUGUUUUAUGUGCCUUUUUAUUUGGGUUUGUCUAAAUAAAAGAAAACAAUAAAGCAUGAUUUUGGACUGUCCAUGCUGAGUCUCAGAGGAAAGUCAAUCCUCUCCAUCUCAGCUGAAUCUCUGGAGCGACUCCCCUGCACUCAAGACACUCUCCUCGAUCAGGAGAGCGUUACUCCUUUCUGCUUUUAGUUGCUUUUCCUGGCUUUAGUCGAGGCUUCUGGGAGGCUGAGGUGGUUGCUGAAGUCCCCGGUCUUUCUGGAUGUUUCUUAUCUCCAGACUCCUCAGUGGCUUCACCG